AUGGAGCUUUCCUGUUGUAAUUUAUUGCAUACUCUCACUUCCAACGAUCACUUGGCUGUUUUGACACCCUUCAAUCAGGACGAAAACCUGCGCGAUGUGCUCUACUUCGUGGUCGGUCUGAUGGCGGAUCAUCCUGCCACGAUGGUGCCAGCUUUCGACCGCCGUCAAGGGGCUCAUUGCGUCUUCAAGCUUCUGGCUUCUGAAGACGAGCUGACGCGGAUACAAUCACUCAAGCUGUUGGGCUAUUAUCUCAAGUAUAGCAAGCACAAGUAA